AUCAUCAUCAUCAAGGUAACUGAUAUCUAGAGUGCAACAAGAAACAGAACACCGAUCAUGUCACUGUAUCCGUCUUUAGAAGACCUGAAGGUGGAUAAAUUUAUUCAGGCGCAGAAUACCCCUACUGCCAGUCCAUCCAAAGCCCCGCCCCUGGCACUCACUGACCAUGCACACUAUCAAUAUAGCCCCGCCCAUACGGGGGCAAAAGUGGAGGAAAUUGGAACAGAUGCCUCUGGAGGUUUGUAUCCUCAGCUGAGCGAGUUUAUGGGUCUGAAUCUUAAUAUUGAGGCAAUAAAAGCCUUUUCUACCACAGUUCCAGAGCAAACUAGUGGUGCUCUUAGUGUUCAUUCGUCGGGCACGAAUUGGGCCGUUGCUCCUGUAACUGGCAGUGAUAUAGGAGUGAAGAGGGCUGAGAUUCGGCAAGGCGUUCGAGAGGUGGUGCUCUGUAAAGACAUGGACGGCAAGAUUGGCCUCCGUCUCAAAGCCAUAGACAAUGGGGUGUUUGUACAGCUUGUACAAGUGAACACUGCAGCAGCGUUAGCAGGGCUUCGCUUUGGUGAUCAGAUUCUACAGAUCAAUGGAGAGUCCUGUGCUGGCUGGAACAGUGACCGUGCACACAAGGUUCUGAAGAACGCCAAUCCUGAGAGAAUAACACUCGCUGUACGAGACAGGCCAAUGGAGCGUGCCGUCACUCUGCAUAAGGACAUGAGCGGGCAGCUUGGUUUCUUGUUUAAGAAAGGCAGAAUUACAUCCAUAGUGAAGGACAGCUCUGCAGCACGUAAUGGACUCCUUACUGACCAUCAGAUCUGUGAAAUCAAUGGACAGAAUGUGAUUGGAUUGAAGGACUCCCAAGUGUCAGACAUCCUUAACACUAGUGGGAAUGUUGUGACUAUAACUGUGAUGCCAGUGGUUAUCUUUGAACACAUGAUGAAAAGAAUGUGCAACAGCAUAGUGAAAUCUCUAAUGGACCACUCGAUUCCUGAGGUGUGAUAUGGAUUCUACUCAGAAUGGGCUUGCUUCCGCGUGCACUACAGCUUAGACAAAGUGGCGUACACAUGCACAGUGGUCGGGCUUUUUAGCAGUUUAAUCCAAUAAAUGAAAAAUAAGAUUUUUUUUAUUUUCCACAGUAUGUCUCUCCUUUAUUGUUAAUUAAUCCUUUUAUGUAAAAUGUGCAGUGUUUUUCAAUGCUGAAUUAUUCUCAGAACUCAAAUGACAACUUCAGUGAAACGUCAGUUAAAAGGGGCUUUAUCUGCUUUGCUGUUUCAUUUGUUAAAUGGUGAUAGAGUUCCUUGGUUUUUCAUUUUCUUGAAAAUACACUUUUUCCAAUUUUCCAAUGUCUUAUUUAAAGUUUACUUUUUCUUUGCCCAACUUUCCGCAAACACUAGUAAGAUACUUCAUUUUUUUCUCUCUUUAUUUUUCCUUGUACUAAUUUCUUAAAGUAGUCACAUUUUUCUCAACGCAUACUGUACAGAAGAAGCCACAAUAUAAAAGGAUUUAUAAAACUAUGCACAAUUGCUGCAACAAACAUAAAGUAAUUGUAAAAUUGCAACAACAUGACAGUUUGUAAAUAUAUUAGACUCCUUUAAGUAAGUAAAUUAUAUGUGGUUUUAGUAACCUAUUCUUUAUAAAGCAGGUUUCCUUUCAGUCAUCCCAGUGAACUAUGUUGAUAUAAAUAUAUAUGAUUAUUAUUGAUUGAUUAUUAUAUAAUAAUUAUAUGAAAUAAAAUAUAAAGAUAAAUAUAUAUGUGAAAAUGAGCUUAGUUUUUACAAGAUAUUACUGUAUAAACGUGUUGACAUCUUUUUCUGUUCUUUUUUCCUGAUUUAAAUGAAUCAUCAUAAUUCAGUGUUGAUUUCAAUGGUUUUAAGAUUAGUAAAUAAUGUCAAGAUAGCAUUAAACAUCUAUUCAUUUAGCAUGUCCAGGAUUAUAACAUUGCAUAUUGUCUAUUGAUAAUGACUUUGUGUUUUGAUAU